AUGUCAAAUGACGACUCGUCCACUGUUGACAUGAAUCCUGUAUCUUCACCUGUUCAGAUUUCUUCUUCUAUUGAAUCCAUUCCUGCUUCUGGCUUGCCUUCUGUCGACACUCCUACUGUUUCUGAGAUUCCAUCUCAUGGCCUUACCCCUCCAGAGGAGUCGUCAUCCGACGACGAAGCACCUAUUACAAGCCUGGGGAGUUCCGCUAAUAACGACCCUGCGUCAGAGGAACCCGAUGAAGUAAGGAUUAGUGACUCUUCUCUCUUUGAUCUACCUACGGUACCCGACAACGCCAAAUGGUCCUAUGAACCUGUGUCUCGUCCUGCUCCUCAGUAUAUUUCAUCUUCCAUUAACCCCAAUAACAUCCUCAGCUCUCGACGUCGACAUGCUCACCUUGCCAAAGCUAAUCCUUCCGUCGCUCCGAAGACCUUUAAACAGGCGAUGCGUGGGACCAUGAGGGCAACAGGCGAGGAUGGAGAUUUCACACGCUCUGUGAAAGACCAGACGGUCUGUCACAGAGAAACAGUUGUGAUCAGAGACGCGGGGAGAGAUAGACAGAGUUUUUUCCUCUCUACUCCCCCGGCUCGCUUAAUCUUCAUCCCGCUUGUUGGAGAUCACACAAUCUCACCAGUCUUGAGCUCAUAG